AUUAGAAAACUAGGGUUUUUGGAGCGAAGCAUAGCUAAAGAAGAAACCUUUACUGUUCUUCACUAUGUUAUCACCAAUGAAGUUCUUCUUUCGAUCCAUUUCCGGUCCCAACAGGACACUGCUUCGAGCACUGGGUCGCCGCCAGUUUUCGGAUUUAACUGCAGAAAAAGCCAAGCGGAAUUAUGCUGACAAUGUCUCCGAGUACAACACUGUCCUCACUUCUCUCAAUACCAGACGAAGGCAUUAUCUGUUGAGGGAUGUUUAUGAUGAUAUGGUGCUGGAUGGAGUGCAGCCAACUAGAGAUACUUUUGAGGCUUUGAUUAUGGGAACCAUGAGAGGGUCACGCAUGCAAGACGCACUCUUUUUCAGAGAUGAAAUGAAGGCCAUGGGAUUAGUCCCUGAGGCCUCUUUGUACAACUUUUUGAUCUCAACAUGUGGGAAAUGCAAGAAUUCCAGUCUUGCUGUUCAGAUUCUGGAAGAAAUGAAGAGAUACGAUGUGAAGCCAAAUGGACAAACUUAUGUUUGUCUUAUCAAUGCAUGUGCGGCAGCUGGACGAUUGGAUCAAGUGCUAGCAAUAGUGCGUGAUAUGACUGCUGCUGGUGGUGAAUUGAACAAGUUCUGCUAUGCUGGACUUAUAAUUGCUCAUACGAACAUGAUACCUCGAUCACAUGAUGUAGCAGCCAAGAUUAUUGAGUUAGCUGAGCAGUCGAAAGGAUGGUCAUCUGUUGAAGAAAGUGGAAAUACUGGAAAUACAAUGCUUGGCAUUUCUGAGGAAGAGUUGUACAACUUACCUACUGCAGACUUUGUUCAUAGGCGUUUUUUCAUAUUCAGGCCGCUUACUGUGUCCCAUGUUGUUUUGCAAAUUCCGGCUACCGAGACUUUACUCGAGAUGCUAAAAAACGAUGGUAAAAAUCCAGACAUCUUUAUUACCAUGCAAAUUUUGAGAUGCUAUCUGAAUGCUGGAAACAUCGACCGUGCUGUUCAAAUUUUCGAGGACUACCUUAACGAAGGAAAACCCCCUGCUAUGGAACUUUAUGCAACCUUCAUCGAAGGAGCAAUGGUUGGGCAUACUCCUAGAGGAAUGGAACUUGCUCAAGAAGCAUUGGUCAAUAUGACUAAAGGAAACUUUUUCUUGAACGCUAAAUUUGGAAGUGAUCUCCUCCUUGCAGCCGCAGGAGAGAAGACGGGUGGAUACACAAACGCAAACUAUAUAUGGGACCUAAUGCAGGCUCGUAAUGUAGUUCCCUCUCUUGCUGCAGUGGAAGCUUAUUACAAUGGCCUUAAAGAACGCGAGAUACCCGAAGAUGAUCCGAGAUUGCAAAUUGUUACUCGAACAUUAAACAACUUGCGAUCUAGAUUUGGUAUCGGACCUGGGCGACGGUAAUAGAUUCUGGAUCAUAAUCAAGGGAGAACAUGCUUUUUACGUUAACCAAUGGUUCAUUGUUGAAAGUCAUGAGCGAUAGUUUUUAUCUGCACAACUGAAGCUUUUUUUUUAUUAUUGAAUAAAAACUAGUAAUGGGUAUGUUUG